AUGGCGGCGGCGGCUUCGGCGGCGCUGCCGCAGCUGCUCGGGCCGGGCCGGGCGGGCGGCGGGCGCUGCCUGCCCGUACCCGGCAUGGCCGCCAAGGGGGCCCGGCAGCGGCCGCGGGCGGGCGGCGGGGACGCGGCGGGGCGGCGGCCCGAGCCCGCGGGCAGCGAGGAGGCGCGGAACGAAUCAUCCGGGAGCAAAGCAGGGCACGUCUGGGCCCCUGAAGGAUCAACAGCUUUCAAGUGUCUGAUCUCGGCCAGGUUCUGUGCAGCUCUGCUGAGCAACAUCUCGGAUUGUGAUGAGACCUUUAACUACUGGGAGCCGACACACUACCUCAUUUAUGGGAAGGGGUUUCAGACCUGGGAGUACUCUCCUGCCUACGCCAUCCGCUCCUAUGCUUACCUGUGGCUCCAUGCCUUGCCAGCCUGGUUCCACGCCAGGGUUCUGCAAACCAACAAGGUUCUCAUCUUCUAUUUCCUGCGAUGCUUCCUGGCCUUCCUGAGCUGUGUUUGUGAACUCUACUUCUACAAGGCUGUGUGCAAGAAGUUUGGGCUGCACGUGAGCAGGCUGAUGUUGGCCUUCCUGGUGCUCAGCACGGGCAUGUUCUGUGCUUCUGCAGCUUUCCUGCCCAGCAGCUUCUGCAUGUACACCACGGUGGUGGCCAUGACGGGCUGGUACAUGGACAGGACCUCGGUGGCAGUGCUGGGGGUGGCUGCUGGAGCCCUGCUGGGCUGGCCCUUCAGCGCAGCUCUGGGGCUUCCUAUUGCCUUUGACUUGUUGAUCCUGAAGAAGAGGUGGAAGAGUUUCCUGAACUGGUGUGUGGUGUCCUUGAUCCUGUUUUUGGUGCCCUUGGUGGUGGUGGACAGCUAUUACUAUGGCAAGCUGGUGGUGGCACCUCUCAACAUCGUUUUGUACAAUGUCUUCACCCCCCACGGGCCUGAUCUCUACGGUACAGAACCCUGGUACUUCUAUUUCAUCAAUGGCUUUCUGAAUUUCAAUGUGGUUUUUGUGCUGGCCCUGCUGGUGCUGCCUCUGACCUGUCUGAUGGAGUGUCUGCUGCAGAAAUUCCGUGUUCAGAACCUGGGCCGUCCCUACUGGCUGACCCUGGCUCCCAUGUACAUCUGGAUCCUGAUUUUCUUCAGCCAGCCCCACAAAGAAGAGAGAUUCCUCUUCCCCAUCUACCCCCUCAUCUGUCUCUCUGGUGCUGUGGCUCUCUCUGCUCUUCAGAAAUGUUACCACUUCAUCUUCCAGCGCUACCGCCUGGAGCACUACACAGUGUCCUCCAACUGGCUGGCCCUGGGGACUGUCCUCCUCUUUGGCCUUUUGUCACUCUCACGCUCUGUUGCCUUAUUCAAAGGCUACCACGGGCCCCUGGACCUGUACCCUGAAUUCCACAGGAUUGCCACUGACCCCAGCAUCCACACGGUGCCCGAGGGGAGGCCAGUCCAUGUCUGUGUGGGGAAGGAGUGGCACAGGUUCCCCAGCAGCUUCCUGCUGCCAGACAACUGGCAGCUCCAGUUCAUCCUGUCAGAAUUCCGGGGCCAGCUGCCCAAACCCUUUGCCAAGGGGCCCUUGGCCACCAGGAUCAUUCCUGCAGACAUGAACGACCAGAACAAGGAGGAGCCCUCUCGAUAUAUGGACAUCUCCAAAUGCCACUACCUGGUGGACCUGGACACAGCAGCAGAGAGCCCCAGGGAGCCCAGGUACUCCUCCCACCGAGAGGAGUGGGUCACCAUUGCCUACAAGCCAUUCCUUGAUGCUUCCAGGUCCUCGCGGCUGCUGCGCGCGUUCUACGUGCCGCUGCUGUCGGAGCAGCACACGCGCUACGCCAACUACAGCAUCCUGAAAGCCCGCAGGAGGCAGCCCAGGAGGAAGCUGGGGGGCUAGCACACCCCUGGGCCGGCCAAAAACCCACCCAGAGCAUCUGCUGGCACUCCUGGACAGAUUCCCCGAGCGGCUCCGGCGGCCUCUGCUCCUCUGCUCUGCCUCAAGCCAUUGGGAAAUCCAGCACCACCUGUGGAUGGGGUAUCCCUGCUGCUCCCUGUGUCCCCCUUACAGCAGAGAAGAGAAACAUGGAAAAUGAAAUGGAAAAUAAAAUGGGUUAUCCCUGCUGUUCCCCCGAACCCCCCGUACACGAGAGAAGAGAAAAAUGGAAAAUGAGACGGGGUAUCCCUGCUACUCCUGGUGUUCCCUCUCACACCAGAGAAGAAUGGAAAAUAAAAUGGAAAGUAAGAUGGGUUAUCCCUGCUGCUCCCUGUGUCCCCUCUUAUACCAGAGAAGAGAAAAAUGGAAAAUAAAAUGGCCCUCUUAUACCAGAGAAGAGAAAAAUGGAAAAUGAGAUGGGUUAUGCUUGAUGCUCCCCAAACCCCCCUUACAUGAGAGAAGAGAAAAAUGGAAAAUAAAAU